AGAGAGCGAGCGAGGGAGGGAGGGAGGUAAAGGAAAAGAGCAAGCGAGAGUGGUGUGGUGAGAGCAGAGCCACUAAACUAGGGGUGUGUCAUAGGGCUCUCAGCACUGUGUGAUAAACCUAGUGCAUAUUUCUAUUUUUAACACGCUGUGCUCUGCCCUGUCAACUUCUGCACUGUGUUUGGAGCCGAGUGUUCAUUCAAGCCAGUUGUCCCAGCAAGAGACUGUUUGGUGGACAACGCAGAGCCUCUCAUUCUCACCCUCUCUCUCUCUCUCUUUCUCUCUCUCUCUCACUCUCACUCGCUCUUCUUCACAAGCUGGAUUUUACCUGUUGACCAGAGCACUACAAUCUACUGGAGUGUACAUUCAAGGAGCAUGUACUGAACAACUAUUGUUGGGGUUUGGAUCUAGGGGCAGGGAUUGGAUAAAGCUAACUGUGUGUUUUGGAGUCAACGGGAGACCGCUGCUGGGGUUCAGUGUGGACGUUUCCCCGUGUUGGACCCGAGGACUUGAGGAAGAAUGUCCAGGGAAGGUGACGUUGGAGGUCAACCUUCCACAACAACAAUCAGCACAGUUGCAGUACAGGCUGGGGGCUCCCAGAUAGUCAUUACAGUACUGAAGUGUGGCACGCUAGUGGAGCUGCAGCUGACUGAGGCGGAGCCCAACCUGCUCGAGAUCGGCGCCAACCAGGAGGAGACCAAGAAACUCCUCAGCGAGCACGAGCAACUCCUUGUCAAGCUCAAGAAACACGAUGAAGGCGUGUGGGCUCUACUGGAGAAGGCAGACAGAACGGCGGAGGAGAAAGUGGGGGAGGAAGUGGUGUUCAAAGCCAUGGCAGACACCCUCAGUGACGCCUGGAGGACCCUCAUCGCCCAUUUGGAGAGGCGCAGGUCGCUCCUCCAGCUCGCCUCCGAGUUCUUUGACAGGGCCCUGGAGUUCGCCAUCAAAAUUGACGAGGCGGAGGAUUUCCAGCGCCUUGGCCAGGGCGUUGCUGAUGCCGACUCCCUCCCCAGGCUCCUCCAGAGACACAGUGAUAUUAAACGAGGACUUCUGGAGAAGUCAAUGCUCGUCCUGAACAAGAGUCGCGAGUUGCUGGACUACCUGGGCGACUUCCAGGCAGACGAGGCCCUGCGUCAUUCUGAGGCGCUGUUCGGCGCGCGCAGCACGUGCGGUAAGGUGGAGCGUCUGAUGGAGCUCCUGCAGGACCGGCGCAGGCAGGUGGACCAGCGCAUGAGGCAGCAGCGGCGCAGGCUGGAGGUCAUCCAGAACAUCUGCCAGUGGGAGCAGCAAGAACAGGAAAUUACGCACUGGUUCAAGGAAAAUGCAGAUUUGUAUUUGGAGAAUGAUCAGCUUGGCUCAUCUCUGUCAGAAAGUGAUGAACUGCUUCAGGAAUACAAUGAGUUUGAGCAGAAAGCCAAGGACUGGGGCCUGCUGGUGGAGAAGCUCCUUGCUCGAUCGGCCGAGAUGCGGGUGGCCCAGGAGGAGGAGGAGGAUGAAGAAGAUGUGUGCCUGGAGAUGGAGCGUGUCUCUGUGAAGAGUCGGGAGCUUCGGACGCUGCACGAGCGCUUCUGGAGCCUGAUGAUGGGCCGCUUGGAGCGUCUCCAGGAGGGACAUGAUUUCUUCGGCAGCGCUAACGAGGCAUUUGAGGCACUGGGGACCAUUGAGAGCCGCAUGAAGUGCUUGAGGAAUCAGUCUCUGACGUUAGCAGAAAUGGCCAAGAGGCACGAGGAGCUGCAUCGCAGCAUCAGAGAGGCAGCAGCAGGUGCCCUUCAGAGAGGGAAGCUCAUCCUGCAAAAGGCUACCCCAAACAGUCCGCAAGUGUCAGAGGUGCAAAGGAUGCUGGGAUACAUCAAAGAGAGGAUGGAGGCUUUGAGCCAAGAGUGUAGUGCCCACAGAGAACUGGCAACAAAGAGGCAGCAGUUGGUGUCCUCAUUUGAGGACCAUAUGGAUAAGAUCUCAGCAUGGAUUAAGAAUGCAAACAGUACACUCUCCAGCAAUACAAAUCCUGGGGAUUCACUUGACAAGGCUGAAGAUAUUCUCAACAAGCACAUACUGCUGAGCUCUCAGACAGUGGAUGUCACCCACGAAUCAGAGGCCAUCGCUGAGCUCACCAAGGAGCUGAGAGCCCUGGGGUGUCCAGAGGGGGUGGAGUUCUCCAACAAAGCGUCACUCUUGACAGAGGAGUUGAGGACCAUCACGAGGAACCUCUCGGCUCGUGUGGAGACCCUUAGACCUUACGUGGGGUUCCUGCGCUUGGCACAGGAGGUUGAGGAACAGAUAAAGAACUUGCAGGAGUGCUUCAAGAAUAAACCCAAGGAGGAGGAGGCGAAUGAGGAGAACAGUGCCGCGCUGAAGGAGAUGGCCGAUGCUAAAUGGCAGUCGCUGCUGGAGAGAUUUCUCACCAUGCAGGACCUUGGGAACAAUUUCAUCAAUUCCUCUACCAUGGUGAGUGAGAAGCUGGACCUGAAUGUGAAAGCUGCCGUGGGUGUGGUGGAGAGGACCAUGGCGGCCCUGAGUGAGAAGAAGGCUAGUCUGUCAGAGCUGUGGACCUCUUGGCAGCUCCACGUCAGCCAAUUGAAGUCUGUGAAGAAGCAGUGGAAGAAGUUUAAAGAUCAGAUAAAAAAGGUAGUUCAUGACCUACGAGCUGUGGAGGAGGUCCUCGCUCCAGCCUCCCGGGUUGAUUUGGGGAGUGAUCUGUCUUCUGUGGCCAAGCUGCAGGAAAACUUCAACUCAGCAAAACCCCAGUUUCUGCAACUGAACGCGGAGGUGGAGUAUUUGGUGAAGACGUCUGAACUGCUGGCUCUGAAAGGGAUUCCCGUGAAGGAGAAGAGUGAGAAAGUCGCCGAGCUUCUUCAGCUGCACCGGCGGCUGAAAGACAAAAUGAAGGAGUAUGAAAGUGUCCUCAGCAUGGCUGUCAAAUUCAAUCAGCUCCAUGAAGAGCUGGAUAGCCUGCUGAUGUCGGAGUCUGUUGCGGCUUUCAGCGACACCAGCCAGGCCAGGAUCCAGCUGACACAGCACCAGGAGCGGCAGAGCCACGUCAGGCACUUGUACAAACUUGCCAUCUCGCUGGGCACCGAUAUUACCGCCAUGGUGCAGCAGUCGCAUGCCCUGGGCUUUUCGGUGGUGCGACUGCAGGGGAAACUGGAGCGUCUGGAGUGGAGCAGCGUAAGCUGGAGCACCGAGGCCAACAAGUGUGAGGAGAGCCUGAUGAGCAACGUGCACUACUGUGUGUUCAAGGAGGAGAUCAGUGAGCUGAGGGAAUCUUUUAAGGAUCUUAAGAAGAAAUUCAACAAUAUGAAGUUUAAUUACAUGAAGAAAAAUGACAAGUCACGAAAUCUGAAGGCCGUCAAAAAUCAAAUACAACAAAUUGAAAUAUAUAUUGAGAAACUUCAGGUCUUGAAGAAGAAAAUGCAGACCUUUACUGCGAAAGUGUCCACCAGCACAGAGAAGCAUCUGAUUGGCAGCAGCCCCAGGGAGAUGGAGGAUGCCGUGAAUGAGCUUCAGAGACAGCUGGGGGACUUUGACAGGACGGUGGAGGAGUACAAGCAAAACCUGGACAUGACUGUGAAGCUGCAGCAGGCUGUAGAGGAGUACCAAUUCUGGUGUGACGAGGCAAGUGCUACCAUCGUGCGAGUGGGGAAGUACUCGUCCCAGUGCAAAACCAAAGAGGCCGUGAGUGUGCUCUACAAGCAGUUUGAGAAGUACGUCUGGCCCACCGUGCCCCAGCAAGAGGAGCGAAUCAGCCAGAUCACAGAGUUGGCCAUCCGCUUGCAUGGACCUGAAGAGGGAAAGAAGUAUGUGGAUAAGACGAUUUUCAAGCACAAUGAAAUUGUCGAGUCCAUAAAGGAAUUGUGUAACGGGCUGAUAGACCUGGAGGCUAAACUAGAGGCAGAGGCUUCAAAGGAAUCUCCAGACAUAAUAGAGAGAGGCAUUCCUGUACAAGUUCAACAAUCAAAGGAAACACAAGAGAAUAACAAGUCACAACAGCAUGACGCUAUCGAUGUGUCAGAGCAGAAAGAAACUGGACACACACCAGAGAUCACAACACCCGGCCACGACAAAGAUAAGGAUGCUCCUCAAAGUAAGAAACCGGAGGUCAAAAGGCCUCAUCUCCGUAAGAGCAGGAGCCAGGACCUGCCGGACAAAACACCCCCAGCACUGAGCAAAGUGCUGUCUGAGACCAGAACCUUCUCUCAGGAGGCGUACUCUGCCACCAGCCGAGUGGAAACCAUCACGGGGAAGACCACAGUGGAGCGGAAAGAGCAGCACCACUCGUCCGUCACCCACAAGCACACAUUCAACACGUCCAGCUCGCCGGUGGACAGGGACAGGAAGAUCCACGCCUUUGGCCAAUCACGGGGCAACUCUGAGGAGACCCCUCCUCUGAGCUCUACAACAGGCCCCAGCUUCUCGGACAUCCAGAGAGAGUUCCAGGUCCAAAGGAAGGACAGGCCUGGACACGCCCACAAAGCCCCUCAUGAGGGCGGACAUGCUGAUUCUCAGGUGGGAGACCCUGCUGCGACCGCCGCCGCUGAGGGAGCAGUGUCCGAGGGGUCACUCUCCAAUGAUGAGUACGAGUGUCCCUCCCCCGACGACAUCUCCCUCCCGCCGCUGUCAGAGACGCCCGAGUCCAACCUGGUCCAGUCGGAGAACGACCUGGAGGAUGGCUACUGCUUCAGCGCCCACAGCCUGCACAUCAACAAUCAGCUCAGCCACCAGUCGCACUCGCAGCACGGCGACGCCUUCCACCACCACCGGCACAGGGAGUGGGUCUCCAGCCAGACAGAGAGCUACCCGUCCCCCACCGGUGGCCCUUGUGGCCCCAAGUUCCGAUCCGAGUCCUCCUCCUUUGUCCACAGUCCCCUGACGGUGCCCACGCCUAACCUGGUCUCCAGCACCAUCUUCAGCAUCCUCAAGAACAAACCGAGCGUCCCGCCGAAUGUUCCUCUGGCCGACGGUGGCGGCGGCAUACUUAGCCACCAUCACCAGACCCUCCACUCAGUGCAUGAGAGCCGUGUGAAGACGCAGGAGUCUGUGCAUGAGUCCCGGUCCGGACGGGGGGCCGCCCUUCGUGCCAGUAACACGCAUGCCCCCCCCUCCCUAUUAACCCAAGAGCAGGACCCAGACAUCUGCAAGCCCACGGCUAUCCGCGAGGAGAUCAGGCUGCCCUCCUACGGCAGAGCUGGUGUGGGAGGGAACCUGGCAGGCCAGGGCCCUAACUUCUCCAAACACAUAUCUAACGCCACGGUAAUGGAGGGGUCACCAGUGACCCUGGAAGUGGAAGUAACUGGAUUUCCAGAGCCUACUUUAACCUGGUUCAAGAAUGGACAAAAACUCGCCGCUGACGAGCACAUAGAACUGUCCCAAAAAGAAGGCAAACAUGCCCUGUUCAUAAAGACGGCCGCUGAGAGUGACGCUGGCCUCUAUCGCAUUGAGGCCACAAACUCGAGUGGCACCGUGACGUCCAUUGGCGUGCUGCAGGUGACAGUGAGUGGAGACAUCCCACACUUCCUCUCAAGGCUGGAAGACAAGGAUUUAUUAGUGGGAGACGACCUGAUCCUGGAGUGUGUCAUCUCAGGAAGACCUGUCCCUCAAGUGACCUGGCUGAAAGACAACAAAGUUGUAGCUUAUGGAGAAAGCAGGGCUGAGAACCAAAGUGAUACCCAUGUCCUGUUGAAAAAGGGUGUCAUGUCCAUAGAUUCUGGAGAAUAUGUCUGUGUGUUGAAAAGUGAUGUUGGAGAGGACUGGUGCUCUGCGAAGGUGGUUGUUAGAGAUUUCAGUCAAGGUGUCACAAAUCCAGGUCUCAAAGACCAACAUCAAGAAGGACAAGCUUUCGCCUCAACUAAUGAGCAAAGUUUUGAAGAUCAAGGACAAAGAUUAGAGUGCAGAGAACAGGAGUAAGGAGAAACAAGACACAAGUGUAUUUAACCAUAUACAAUAUAUCGCCACUAUAAUAUGGUCCAGUUAUAUGGUUGAACACUGUGUUCUUCUGGAUAUAAUCUUUCUACUCGCUUUGAUUAUCAAAUGUUGUUGAAUGAGAUGCUGUCUUUCUUGACUGAAAUUUCUGUAGUUGUAGUACAAUUAAACUGUAGUAGUUUGUACAAUUAAAUACCAACUGAAGACCUAAAA